AUGAAACUUUUAUUCAUGAUGCUUUCGGUGUCAAUUAUGUUGCUCAUUUGUGGAACAGCAGCUUCAAUUUUCAGCUCAACUGAACAUACCAAACUCCAAUCAAAAGUUGAUGUUGAUGAGGAAAAAAUUGAAUCAAUGAAUGGAAAGCUCAAAAAUCUCCAGGCAGAGAUCGACGAGUUGAAAAGAGAAGAUCUCAAGAAACUGCAUUCUCGAAUCGAAAAUUUGGAGUCAACGAAGGAAUUGCAUUCAAAACCAACAACAAGUUUACCUGAAAGCGACGAAGAUGAUGAAGUUGACACUACAAAUUUGGCUGAAGAGGCUGAUCUCGUCUCGAUACACAGCAAAGAAGAGCAACGCUUUUUCCAAGGAUUGGUUCGUGAAAUGGAUCGUGACUGCUGGAUUGGAUUGAAGCUCGUGGCUCAUAGAUGGGUUUGGAGUGAUGGAAGUGCUUUGGAUUACCAGAAUUGGGAUGCGGGAGAACCAUUGAACUGGAGCACCGAGAAAUGGGUUCAUAUGAGACCAGGGAACGGAAAGUGGAACAAUGUGGAAAGUGAUUACAAAGCACUCGUUGGAUGCAAGAAACCGGCCGAG